UCAGGUGUAAAUGCUGCUGUGGACACUACAAAAGUGAGAUUGACUCAGCCCUCAAGGAGCUGAUAUUCUAUUUGUACCCUUCUUUUCUCUCCUUGAUAUGCAGGAAGAGGCAUCAGAAUCAAGGACAUUCUGAGAGAAGAGGAGACAUUGACACACUUCCUGGUGCACACAUUUGGCUUGCCUGACUCCGUGGUCUAUCUUCUGAUGAACUCCCAAGUCCGUCCUGAGCAGUUUGCUUAUGGUGUCCCAGACCUGAUGCUGAAAGACAUUGCCUGCAGUGAAGCCCUACUAAACCGGUUCAUCAUCUUCAGCCAGCGACGAGGGGCCCAAACUGUCCAGAGAGCCAUGUGUCCCCUGUCCCAAGGCAGUCUGCAGUGGGUGGAAGAUGCCCUGUAUUCCAGUGUGGACUUCUUUAAGCUCUUUCAGCUGCUUCCCACGCUCUUAGACAGCAGCUCUCAAGGUAUCAAUCUGAGAUCCUGGGGAAGGGCUUUAUCUACUAUGUCUCCAAGAGUACAAGAGCUAGCCCAUCGGCCAAGUGUCCAGGACCUGCUGUGGGUAACAGGGCCCCUUCUGCAGAAUGGAGGGCCAGAGUCAUUUAGCCAAUUGAUGAGUAUCCUUUCUGAGCUCUUGUGUGGUUACCCAGAGGGGGGUGGCUCCAGAGUGUUUUCCUAUAACUGGUAUGAAGACAACAACUACAAAGCCUUCCUAGGCAUCGAUCCUUCCAGAAAAGAUCCUGUCUAUUCUUAUGAUAAAAGAACAACACCUUUUUGUAAUUCCUUGAUCCAGAACUUGGAAGCAAACCCUUUAACUAAAAUAGCCUGGAGGGCAGCAAAGCCCUUGCUGAUGGGGAAAAUCCUCUUUACUCCAGAUUCCCCUGCUGUUCGACGGAUAUUAAAACAUGCCAACUCGACUUUUGAAGAAUUGGAGCGUGUUAAAAACUUUCUCAAGGCUUGGGAAGAAGUGGGGCCUCAGAUCUGGCAUUUCUUUGACAACAGCACACAGAUUACCAUGAUCCGAGAUACUUUGGAGAAUCCAACAGUGAAAAACUUUGUGAACAGACGGCUUUAUAGGGAAGAAAUCACAACUGAAGCCAUACUCAACUUUCUCUAUAAUGGACCUGAGGAGGGCCGGCCUAAAGACAUGGUCCAGUUUAGCUGGAGGAAUGUCUUCAACUUCACAGACCACACCCUGCAUCUGUUUAAUCAGUACAUGGAGGUAAGAGUGAACAAGUCCUUGCAGCUCUGAAUAACAUACAUAAAG